AUGCGUUUCUUUUCUUGUCUUCCCUUCCAUCAAUCUACAAGCGUGGCCAUCGAGAAGGUGGAGAAUCCCUCCGCGGACAUUUCACCGGAGAAACUUUGGAAGAAAGACAAUGUUACCCGCGUUGGGCUCUGUGCUCCAGACAUCGACGGCGGGGAAAACCCCGAUCAGCUCUGCACGGAAGAUAAACCGGUCGGAGGGCGCUUAUUAUUCGACGAUCCCCUUGCCGUAAACGGCAUAUCUGAUGAAGCGGAGAAGAGAGAUCCGAGGGUGAUUUCUCAUCCGACGGUCUGGAUGUUACCAAGGGGAGGAAGUGGAAAGCAAAGCAGGACAUUCAUCAGAGGAAAAGAAGAGACAGAGGCAUAG